UACGUCACUUCCGCUUGCGUACGUUGAUGUAGGGGAGUAAGAGGGAGCUUACCGAAGACUUAGUUUUAUCGGAACUUUGAUUACUAUUUGCCUCUCAGUUUAGAGAUUAUUUUUAUUUCUUGUAGGCUCACGAUUUGGUUUGAAAUGUAAACUUUGCUGCCAAAAUCUCAUCGGUAAAACGUGUGGCUGUGCGCUGUAUUGCUCAUUAGUAACAAGGUAUCAGUAACAAGCUGAGAUGCCGAAGGUAGUUUCAAAAAGUGUUGUUUGUACGGACACUAAGGAUCAGGAAGAAUAUCAAGGAGAAAAACCGCUGUAUGUUUACUACUGCAUUUGUGGUCAGAUGUCCCUCAUCUUGGAUUGCCCAUUAGAAAAGCUGCCAUUACGUAAAAGAGAUGGUGCACGGGUAAUUGAUGGAUCAAAACAUGCUCAUAAGCUGACUUGUGAUCCUGAUGAAAUUAUCUACUUGAGGAGAUCUGAUGGAAUUGAAAAGCAAUAUCGCCAAAAAUGCAAACGGUGUGGUUUGUGGCUGUAUUACCAUCAUCAAGGCAACAGCAGUGUUAUGUUUGUUGUGGAUGGUGCCAUAAAGCGGGAAAGUGAAGGCAUUAAAACAGAUGUUUAUAGUCAGCUAGCAGAACCAAAGAAGGUGACCUUGACGAAACACACCAAGAAUAUGGGCAAGUUCAGCUCUGUCACGGUCUCUACAGUGGAUGAAGAAGAAGAAGAGAUUGAAGCCAAAGAAAUAGCUGACUCAUAUGCAGCCAAUGCACUUGUCAUUGAGAAGCAGCUUGUCAGGAAAGGCAUGAGCAAGCGCAAAUUGCUAGAACAGGCUGAAGAAGAAGCUAAAAAGAUCAGGCCAAAGGGGACUCUAAUAGACAAAUGAUUCAGGGAGGAAUAAUACUGUAGAUAUGCACGUGUGUGUCAGCGAGGCAGUGAGAGAAGGGGUGAAUGUUUAUGAUAUAAUGACAUGGAGGGACAUGAACCCUUCUCAGCAUCAGGAAAAGGAUAUCAUCAAAUUUUGUAGUGACAAAGCUACAAAACCCCUUAUAUAUAUAAAUGUGUGUGAAAGUAAGAGAACGCGAGUAACAUUUCUGAUUGAAGAUGUUCAGCUGUUUCAGUUCUAUUAUCUUUACAGAGAAAAUAUUUGCAAUAAAGAAAUACAUAAUGAUCAGUGCAUUUUUAAAAUGUUUUUGUGGUGGCUAUACGAAGGACCUUUUAAUAUUGGGAACAAAUGCUCUUAAUUCAAAAUUGGUAUUAUUAUGCUCAUGCAGUAUCGGAUAAAUAAAAAUCAGUUUUCAAGAACGUAUGUGAAACAUACAGAAUUGCCAACUUUAAAUGAGAAAAAAUCAACACAUCGUGGAAUUGACUGUCUUUGUCUCUUGCGACACCACAAUUGUAAUUGGUUUCUAACAAGAGUCUGAAAAAUAUAAUUGUUGGCUGUGAAAAGGGGAGGUCAUUGCUGACUGCACAGCAUAAAACACCAGUCAUCUUUUGUUCAUUUUUGAUUACUGAUCUGCCAGCUGGCAGGCACAAGUAUUGCACAUAUCCAUUUCACACUUACAAUUGACCACACUUACAUUUAGCCUGAAUAUUUUUUAAAAUUGUAGUGUUAAUACAUUUGCAUAAAGGGUUCUUAGGGUUAGUGUGUAUAUGAUACUUCAUCAGUGAUCAUGCUAAUAAGUGCUUGUGGCAUAACAGAAAAAUAGAUAUCAAACAAAAUUAUCCAUAUACUAUUCACCAUUGAAUUCACCAAGUGGUCUACGGAUGCCUAAAAAAAUACUAGUUCGUACAAUGAUAAUAUUGGUAGCAGAGAAGGCUUUAGUUAGGCUUAUGACCAAUCUGUCUUGCAUAUGAAGAUACUUUUGUAUUUUAUUUUCACUCAACCUUGCUUUCAUGCUAAUAUAAAGUAUACAGAUAGAAUGAAAAAGUACACCACUGGUCUGUAAAAACUUGUUUUAAUGUUGGCAGUAUGUUAGUAACAUUAAUAACAACGAACAAAUAACUAACAAUGCUUAAUUUAGCACAAACAGUCAACAGUGUAUCAACCUGAUGUUAUUCAGUCUACAACAAUAUCACUAAUAUCUGUCUUGCAUUAGAAAGCAUUUUUUU